GAAUGUCUGGCAUCACUGGGUUAACCGUAAGUUUACACACAUAUUUUUUCGCUGCAUUUGGUACAUUUCCGUACUGCUGCUGCUUGACAUACCGUCGCUGUCACCGUCGCCACUGCAUCGCCUUCGCUGCAGCUCAGCUGUAUCGUUUGCACUCGCUGACUUCGCUGCCUAACUUGUCACUGCUACCCAAAAACAUUUAAGCGGGAUUUGCCAUUUGUCGUUACUCUCAGUGUCCCGUUGCUCUAGAGGUCAUCCAAAGAUCAUUUCGCGAAUAUUCGUUAAAUUCAACUGCCGUUGUUACUGACACUCGUUGUUGUUAUUGAUCGCUGUCGUAUUAAAACACACAUCAUGUGCAUACGUAAAUUUUCGCUAAUUUCUCACUCUAUUUAAAAUGUCUCUAGAAGAGUCGAAACAACAAAGGGCUAAUAUCAAGAAGAAUAUUUCCCGCAUCAAAAACAUCGUUGAGGCCAGUCUACGACCAGGUGUUAAAACACUCUCCGUAGCUGAGUAUAAAUGUCGGCUUGGAAUUCUUGAAUCGUACUUCAAGAAUGUGUUGUCUACCCAAACCGACAUCGAAAGGCUGGAUUCGGAGGAUGGUGGUCGUGCAGACCUAGAGGAGCUAUACAUCACAAUGAAGUUGACCAUUCGGACCCAACUAACUGAAGAUCACAACGCCACAAUUUCAGAAAGCACUUGUGUCAUGCAAGCAAGUUCUAAACUUCCCAAACUUAAGCUUCCUUCAUUCAGCGGUAAAUAUUCUGAAUAUACAAAUUUCAUAACAUCCUUUAAGCAAAUAAUUGACCGGUCCAGCGUUAGAAACAAUUGAUGCGUUUUCAGUUUCUAAUGAAAACUAUACGAAGGCAUUGGAUAGACUUAAGGUUCGGUAUGACAAUGCAACCUUAAUAUUUUUAGAAAACAUAUGUUCGUUGUUUGAACUUUCGUCAGUUUCCAAGUCCAAUGGCGCCCAGUUGAGAAGUCUCAUUGACAAAGCGUCCGCGCUUUACGGCUCAUUAUUGUCAUUGGGCACAGAGGGCCAAAUUUCACAAGCCAUGCUUAUUUAUUUAGUUUUACAGAAGGCAGAUGAGGAGACAAACCGUAAAUGGAAGUAGUCUCUAGAAUUUAACACAUUACCGACCUGGAACGAGUGCACCAAGGUUUUGGAGAGACAUUGCCAGUACCUCGACUCAAUUGAUAACUCUCGCGCCGUUGGAUCCGUACACCAAAUUGCUGCGAAAGCGCCCAAAGCAAAGAAUCAUCACAAGAGCCAUUAAUUUGCUUGUUCGAGUCCGUCAUGUUCGAUGUGCUCCAGCAACAGUCACAAAAUACAUAGUUGCGAUCGCUUCAAGGCACUUAAUGUGUGCGUUUUGACCACGCAAAGAAGAUGGGCCUUUGCAUAAAUUGUUUGUCAAAGGGCCACCAACUAUCGAGUUGUCCAUCUU